UCUGCUCUUUUGUGCAAAGGUUUCUCGCUACUUUUCUUUUUUGAAAAAGAUGCAGAAGUUUUGCAGGAAAAUUGUUUCAUUCUCACAAACAGUUGGUGAACAAAAGGAUAACGAUUGCAAGUAUGAAGAAAAUGGGAGUGAAUUAUUUGAGGUACUUCCCCUAUGCUGUGAAGAAGAGCGAACGGUGCGAAUCGAAGGAGCGCGAGCGACCCAUUGAAGGACGAGCGCGAGCGACCCAUUGAAGGACGAGCGUGCGACUAUAUAUUGCAGGAGAGCGAGCCGUAAAGUCAUCAAGAAACGACAAAGUUAUCUCUCUCGAUCCCACAAAAUAUCUACCGAAACAUAUAUUAAUUUCGUUAUUAUUACAAAAUUAUUUCAUACAUAGAUUUUUUAUAGAUAAAAAUUGAUAUUAUAUAUAUUAAAUAUAUAUUCAAUUUUUAUUUUUUUUGGAUGAAUUAAACGAAAAACGAUUUUAUCACACUAGUUAUUCUCUCUUACUAUAUGUAUAAAACAAGAAAUGAAGAUAAAAGGGGAAUUUAGGGUAAAAUUGAUGUCGUGAAAGUGUUACCUCCUUUUGGAACAUCAAUUCCAUUUUUGUGGGACCUUUCAGAAUCGAAGGUCCUUUCAAAGAUUUGGAGCUAUGGCUUCUUCUAGGAGAUGCGCCACCCUCAUUUGCUCCAUUGCUUUUUCAAUAUAUUUCUUUAUCAUCAUUUUUCAAGUUCCCAUUUUCAGUGUUCCAUGUAGAAUUGGAAUCUGUAAGACACCGAUGGAAGUGACAUCUUCUCAGUUAAUUGCAAGUGAGGUCUUCCCUCGUUCUAUAGUGAAGAUCCUUUUCUACCCUGGUGCUGCUGCAAAGGCAAUUUGCAAUCAGAAAACCAUCCCAAGCUACAAAAAUCUGCUAAACAUUCACCAGUUCAAUACAAGGGCAGUGUCUGCUGCAUCAGAUAUCCAACACCUAGAGGUUCUUGCAGGAAGCUACUUGUCUGUGGGAGGAGCAAUCACAGGGCUGAUAAAACCAGGGAGAAUGGGCCUUUUUGGAAUACUUCUUCUUAUGUGGGGUGUCAUUAGAGAGUCCAUAAUGGGAACAUCUGGUUUCGCUCAAGCAAAAGGCAUCCACAUAUAUCCAGCCAUGUAUAUUGUACUAAUCUCAGCAUUCUUCUCUAUUAGAAAGGAUGUCAGAAAGUUAAUUCGUACAUUCACUCGAAAGCAUGUUGUGAAGGUUAAACGUUUUAAAUCAAAGGCAAAAUGAGACUUGUAAUGACAUGCAUACGUCCAUGGCCUAAUUGGCUAUGAUGCCUGAAUCUGAUAGGUAGGUAGCACUUACAUUGCUCAGUGCAAUUGCAAACACAGGAGUAGAAAAAUUCUUAAUCACAGGCUUGCUAGUGGUGACUACGCUGCAUGAAUUUUUUGUAUUGUUCAUGAAUGACAAUGGCUUGCAGAAGUUGUCAAGCGCAUUCAUUGCUGCUGUUCUGAAUAGGGAUUUGACAAUUCUUUAAGAUGUGCAAAUUCA